AUGUGCAGCCAUAACUUCGGUGCCCUUACAUGCGAGCCCUGUCGACAAUUCUUUAGGAGAAAUGCAAACAAGAAUCAGGAUUUUUCACGACAAUUCUGCAAAAAGUGUAGAAUUGAUAAAUGUUUUGCCAUCGGAAUGAAGAAAGGUCUGUUUUGUUCAUUCAAAGAACGGGAAAAUAUGGUUAGAAAUAAUGAUAGGAAACAUAAAUCAUUGCAUGGAUAUCGACGAAAGCGAGUGAAAAUCAUGGACACAAUUGUGUCGACAACUGAUGAGUUGAUACCCGUUUACAAUAAGGAACCGAUUCUUGUUGACCAAAUACCAUGUAUAAUUAGAGGAGGUCGCUUUAAGCAGCUAUUUAGCUUUAUGAAUGAGAUAAAGGACCCGGUGGUUCGGUGCACAUCUAAUUGCACCACAUAUACAGAUUAUAUUCGUAUAACAGAGACUUGGAAUGAACUGAAAUAUAAACAAUUUGUCAAAAUGGCCACAAAUAUCACUGAAUUCAACGAUCUGUGCGCUGAGGACAAGGUUUCACUCUUGAAGACCGGCCUCUCGGAGCUGAUGGCUCUGACAACUGUCUUGCGAUUUGAUUUUGAGGGCGAAUUCUGGAGGGUUCCCAUUUUAACCGCAAUAUUGCUCUUUAACCCAAACGUACAAAAUUUGAUGAAUAGAGACAUUAUUAGACUCCAACAGAAGACAUACAUGUAUUUACUUCAACGCUAUUUAGAGAUUAAACACAACUCGAAGUCAGAAUCCGAGACUCGUUUCGGGCGUUUAAUGAAUUGUUUGCAGGAUUUAUAUGUUGUGAGUCCGCUAUCCGUCAAAAAUUAUAUUGAGUUCAAUACUACGGCUAAAAAUCCGGGACCUCUUAUGAAAGAGUUAUACAAU